GCAGUCCUGCUCGCACCCACAACAACCCCACUCCUUACGCAGCGCCGCUAUCUCGUUGCAAAUUAUUUGUGUCUUAGUGGCCUCUGGUGGCAAGAUGGUGAAGCUGCACACACCCAGGCAUAUUUUGAGAUCUAUUGGAGGAGACAAAUCACCCUUCAAACCUGUAGACCUUCUGAACCCAUUGAACGAACAACAAGUUAAAAUUGGUUAUAAUAUAAUCAUAUACACAUUUGUAUAUCAAUAUCCAAUAAACAUAUUUGGUGCACUAGUCCUCAAAGAGAUGUUCUUUGAUUUAUUUGGCUAGUUUGUUUUUCAAAUCAAGUUAUGGUUAGGCAGAGGUGGAAAAAGUCCUCGAUUGUAAAAGUAAAGCUACCUUAAUAUAAAAUGGCUCAAGUAAAAGUGAAUGUAACCCAGUAAAAUACUACUUGAGUAAAAGUACAAAGUAAAAGUAAAAGUCACUGAUGUGAUCUUCCUGUCUGGGUUGGCGCCCCCCCCCCUUGGGUUGUGCCGUGGCGGAGAUCUUUGUGGGCUAUACUCGGCCUUGUCUCAGGAUGGUAAAUUGGUGGUUGAAGAUAUCCCUCUAGUGGUGUGGGGGCUGUGCUUUGGCAAAGUGGGUGGGGUUAUAUCCUUCGUGUUUGGCCCUGUCCGGGGGUAUCAUCAGAUGGGGCCACAGUGUCUCCUGACCCCUCCUGUCUCAGCCUCCAGUAUUUAUGCUGCAGUAGUUUAUGUGUCGGGGGGCUAGGGUCAGUUUGUUAUAUCUGGAGUACUUCUCCUGUCUUAUCCGGUGUCCUGUGUGAAUUUAAGUAUGCUCUCUCUAAUUAUCUCUUUCUUUCUCUCUGUCGGAGGACCUGAGCCCUAGGACCAUGCCUCAGAACUACCUGGCAUGAUGACUCCUUGCUGUCCCCAGUCCACCUGGCCGUGCUGCUACUCCAGUUUGAACUGUUCUGCCUGCGGCUAUGGAAUCCUGACCUGUUCACCGGACGUGCUACCUGUCACAGACCUAUUAUUUGUCCAUGCUGGUCAUUCAUGAACAUUUGAACAUCUUGGCCAUGUUCUGUUAUAAUCUCCACCCGGCACAGCCAGAAGAGGACUGGUCACCCCUCAUAGCCUGGUUCUUCUCUAGGUUUCUUCCUAGGUUUUGGCCUUUCUAGGGAGUUUUUCCUAGCCAACGUGCUUCAACACCUGCAUUGCUUGCUGUUUGGGGUUUUAGGCUGGGUUUCUGUACAGCACUUUGAGAUAUCAGCUGAUGUACGAAGGGCUAUAUAAAUACAUUUGAUUUGGAUUUGAUUUGAAAUUCCUUAUAUUUAGCAAACCAGAUGGCACAAUUUCCUUUUUUAUUACUUUUUUUGACAGCCAGGGGCACGCUCCAACACUCAGACAUAAUUUACAAAGGAAGCAAUUAUGUUUAGUGAGUCCACCAGAUCCGAGGCAGUAGAGAUGACCAGGGACUUUCUCUUGAUAAGUGUGUGAAUUUGACCUUUUUCCUGUACUGCUAAGCAUUCAAAUUGUAACUAGUACUUUUGGCUGUCAGGGAAAAUGUAUGGAGUAAAAAGUACCCAAUUUUAUUUCGGAAUGUAGUGAAGUAAAAGUAGUCAACAAUAUAAAUAGUACAGUAAAGAACUACUUAAGUAGUACUAAAAAGUAUUUUUUAUCAAGUACUUUACACCACUGCGGUUAGGCUAUAUCAUAAUUGUUCGGUUUCCAAAAUUGGACUGAGAGUGGGAAAACAAUUUUUUCGAGGGCAUAGGCAUAUUUGAGAUUUUUCAACCCUUUGUGGGGGAGGAUCCAUAUACAAUAACACUUGUUCACCUAUGCUCCUAUGUUCUGGAUUCCUAAUAUCCAGUUUGCAGUAAUCCAGGUCUUGUUUGGUGCCAGGAAAAUGUCCAAAGUUCACUACAACUUUAAGAAAAGUUCAUUCUUCGGGGGUUUUUUUCAUCAGGAAAUCACAUGGAGGUGCUGUCGUGCUCACAUGACAAUCUGAACUAUGGCAGGCGAGCUCAAUGAAGGAUCAGUGCCUCCAUACUACAGGGAGGUGUAUGAGGCCAUCCGGAGUAAGAUAGAGGAACGCGUGCAGGUGGAGGUCUUCCAGAGGUUGCUCAGCAGAACAGAUCUUCCCACUGCUGUGCAGGGCCAGAUUGCUGAGCAUGUUGACUACACUGAUGGAUUCUUAAGCAAGUUGUCCCUAUAUAAAGCACUGGCGUUGAUCGCCCUUGCUCAGCAAGGAAAGCAACCAAGCCCAAAACUCUUAGAGAACUGCAUACAAGAGUUCCCUAAGCCCCAACUUGGUGAGUUCAAGGACCUCCAGACUCUGAGGAUGCAGCCAACUCAGGAGAGCCCCCUCACGGUGCCCCAGACCCUGGGCAAGCUGCUUGCCAGAGAUACAGUCCAGGUGGAGCUAAUUCCUGAAAAGAAGGGUCUGUUCCUCAAACACGUGGAGUACCAGAUCACCAGCCAGCAUUUUAAGAUAUCUGUUUACCGGCGGUACAGUGAUUUCGAUGUCUUCCAUGAGCUCUUGCUGCAGAGGUUUGCCUACAGAAUGGUGCCUGCGUUGCCGCCUAAGAGAAUGCUGAAAGGAGUCCUGACCUCCAUGUCUGAGAGGGACUUUAUAGAGGGAAGGCGGCGUGCUCUGGGCCGGUUCAUCAACCUAGUGGCACGACACCCCUUCUUCUCCGAGGACGAACUGGUCAAGACCUUUCUCACCUUCAACGGCUCGGACGUUCAGGUGAAAAUGCGUGAUGCUUGCAAGAAAGUGGGAGAUGAAUUCAUGACUAAUACAAUGGCGACUCUGGCAAAGGAUUAUCUCCCAGCUGAUAUCCAGGCCCAGUUUUCAUCAAGCAGGGAACUGAUCAGGAAUAUCCACAACAGCUUUCACAAGCUGCGGGACCGGGCAGAGAAGAUGGCCGAGCGCUCCAAGGAAAACGCCACUGAUUUGCUAAUGUUUGGAAGGGAGCUCAGUACACUGGGCUCUGAUGGUUCACCCAUUCCCUCUCUGGCCUCAUCCCAAAGCACCUGGGGCAUUCUCCGUCAGUCUCUGAAAGGCCUUUCCGUGGAGUUUGCUCUGCUAGCCGACAAAGGUGCUCAGCAGGGGAGGAGAGAAGAGGAUGAUGUCGUGGAAAAACUGAAUCUAUUCUUGGAUUUGCUGCAAUCAUACAGAGAUCUGUGUGAGCGGCAUGAGAAGGGAGUAUUGCACGAGCACCAGAGAGCGCUGCAGAAGUACGGUAUGAUGAAGAGGCAGAUGAUGAGUGCCACAGUGCAGCCCAAAGAGCAGGUGUCAGUGGAGCAACUGGAGUCUCGCAUUGUGCAGCAGGAGAACGCCAUUCAGACCAUGGAACUGCGGAACUACUUCUCCCUGUUCUGCCUUCACCAGGAGACUCAGCUCAUCUUCACAUACCUGCCCAUCACCUCUCACAUCCUGGGAGCCUUCGUCAACUCACAGGUCCAAGGUCACCAAGAGAUGGGUGCAGUGUGGAAUGAUCUCCAGCAGAAGCUUGGGUGUCUCUUCGGUGUCGAUGAAAUGCAAUCCCCUCCUCUUACACCCAAGUAGACACCCAUGUCCCCUUCUCUCAACAAGCGAUGAAUAUGCUGCUUUGCAAGCCAAGAAGACAGUCACUCUCAGAAGGGACUGAUGGUGAACUGUUUUCAUAAAACCUUGAAAAACACUACAAACUGUGCCUUAAGUAUAAAUUAGUGGAGAGUAAAUGCAGUUUACUCACCUUUUUUUUUCAUUUUCUUUGUGGGACAGUUCAUCCACCUUUUGUGGAAAAAUGCAUUGAAGUAUAGGGAGCACUACCUUUUUUUCUCUGCUACUCGGCGAACAGUUUACCCACUUUUUAUUUUUUUUACCACUACAUCACUGAUUUCAAUGAAUGGAUGUUGUCUGCAGCUCGAGAUAUAUUAUACCGUACGUGCAUCCUCACUAGGGAUGUCAGAGGUUGAUCAAAGGAGCUCAUUGGGAAGUGGAAGAGUGCUUUGAAGAAUGUGUACUGCUGCCUUGCUGUAUGAGAAGAGGAAAAUAUGGAUUUCAUAAUUGAUAUAUAGGGAACAUUUUGUUGAAAAGCUGGACCCUUUCUGUGUUAUUUUGUAGCUCAAUGCCUUUACCAUAUGAGGGACUUCUUACCUACACUUCUUGGAGGAUCAUUUGCCUAUGUCGAGGUAUAAUGUAGUGUCUUAUUGCAGGCAGACACAUGUAAGAAUACACUAAUUAAGCUGAUUGAAGAUGUUGCCACACAGGGAAGAUACGUUUCCUUGCCGCAGCCAGGUUGUGGCAACAUAACCUUUGUGUUUAAAAUGACUAGUGUACAUGUUUAAGAUGUUUAGAAAGAUUCUAAUCAGGGCAUGUGCUCAUUUCUGAAAAAAGACAGGCAAACCAAUAUGUAUUAAAGUAAAUGUAGUAGCAGCAUGCUAUUCAAUGGUUUGUUGUGAAGUGCAACAUAAGUAUUAAUCAUCCUACUGACCACACGUGUGCAACUGGGCUUGCUAGCUUGUGUUGAUAUUCGGGCAAAGGCCUUCAGAUUCCUUGCUUCAAUCGAAUCUUCGUUGCAAUACUGUGAAAAGCUGCUUCAGUUUCUACGCCUGAGCCCGAGCAAGCUAUUAAUGAAUGAUUUAUGGCUGAUAUAACACUCCACGUGACCAAUGGUGAACAUACCAAAGAAACAUGCUACAAUGCCACAUAGUCAUUAGUGCAAUUAAGUAGUAAUUAUCCUGUAAUAUCUUAUUUCAGGUAAAAAUUAAAUGUGCUCUGUGUUAAUGCUAUUGACCUGUUUGCAAUGUUUGUUUCAAUUAAGAUGCAAUAAUGGUGGUUCAGUGUUUACUUAAUGUAGAUUUGGAGAAAACUAGAUGGAAUAUUUUUCUAUGUAUGCAAUAUUCAAGAAUAUUCUCCGAUUGAUCUUUUUCAAGAAUAUACCCAAUGAUUUAUUGUCCUCUUAUUCAACAGUAUACAUUGAUUUAAUGUCUAAAGCAUAAGAUUAUGUUGAUAAAGUUUCUCAUUAUUUGAUCUGAUGAAAAAAAAAAAUUCACUCACAAUUUAAGGUUUACGUAACCUGUUCUUGCGAAAUUCACCCUCUUCUUGCAGGAUGUGCAAAUUGCAUGUGUUUUUACAUGUAAUUCAAGUACAGGAAUGAGGCUGUGUAAUAAAAUGUUGUCUCCCAAUUAGAACUGAGUAAUAUUACACGUUUUGUUAUUCAAUGCAGUAUUGUGUCUUCUCUGUGGAACUGUUCAUUGGUUCCUCACAAGUUCUUAUUAUUGUGUCAACAUGAGAUAUUGUCAUAACCUUAUUUUUUUGUCAGGUCUUAAAAAUUUAGAGUAACAAAUGCUUUAUGAUCUUUGAGAAAGAACAUUUGAAUUAGGUGAAGGAUGUAGAUACAGAAACGUUGAACUAUUGUACAGUUUUAUGUUGAAUCUCACUUCAUGUUAAAUAAAAAGUAUCAGAUACC